CGGCCCUCCUUUCAAUCUCAAAAAGAAAGAAAAAAAUCGUCUUGAUUGGAGACGACGACAAUGCAGAGGCUUUGCACUAAGCUCCGUUCCAUUUCAGUCCGUUCAAACGGGAACCUAUCUUUAAUCGGUGCUCCUCACCGUCUCAUCCACCAUUCCCCGACUUCUCAGUUAACCCUAGGUUUCGCCACGCCGCCCAGCAAAUGGAGCUUCCUCCCCGCCGGAGCUUCUCCCUUCGUUCCUCAUCAUUUUGUUCAAGUACGGAGCAUCACUUCCAAGGACAAAAUGGCCAAAUGGAAGAAGAAGUGGAGGCCUAGGACUCCAAUCACCUCUAAAGUCAAGAAAGUCAAGAUCAAGUUCUAUUCGUCAUACAAAGACAGGUUUAAGCCACUGAAUGAUGGUACCAUCCGUCGCUGGAAAGAAGGCAAGCGCCACAACGCACACCUGAAGUCAAAGAAAUCAAAGCGUAGAUUAAGACAGCCUGGACUAGUACCACCAGCAUAUGCCAAAGUCAUGAAGAAACUCAAUUUCUGCAAUUGAGGGAUAAGGAGCAAGAAACAGUUCAGUCUCUCUUCCAGAUUUUUCCUGAUAUUGCUCACUGGCACCCAAAGAUUUGAUCAAACUUUAGUUCUUUUUUUUUUGUUUUGUUGUUCAAGUUAAUUUUAACCUUGUCUCCAAGUAAUAAAUUGGUAUUGUGCUCAUUUUUCUCAGGGGUUUGAUAUAUGUUAAAAACUUUUUAUA